AUCACUUUCUAUGUACAUGUAUAUACAUCAUAACUGUGAAUAUAUAUUUAGUGUCUGUGUUUGUAUAUGUGUACAAAGUGCAUCACAACUCUCAGAGUUCGCGCUUCGAGGCUUGUGUUCCCGGCGUGUGAAAUAUUUUUCGAGUUAAUCGCAACGUACAGCGCGCGCGCGCCUAGUAAAAACAAAAAUCCUGCAUCAGCCGCCUCGCUCCUACACAUCUACAGGCUGCACAGUGCCAUGCAGUUAUAGCUCGAGUGCAUGAUACACAAUUCAUCGUUGUCAGCAGUGCUCAGCCGCAUUUCCGUCUACUCAGCUCGACCCGUCAAAGUGACAAUCCUCCCUCGUUCACCGAGGCAAUUCAUGAUACAUUUUUCGACGUGCUCGCUCGAAAGCAUCGGGCCUAACCUCGCUUCAAAGCAGCUCUAUUAUAUACCUUACUUACAUAUAUAUGUAUGUAUACGCAUAUAUCCUGUGUGUACUGCUCGGCGUAGCAUCUCGUAUUGUCGUAUAGUCAUCGCACAGUUUAUACGUGCAUAUUAGUGCACACAUGUAAGCGCUUGCACACGGACAGCUCGACAAGUUGAGUUUUCUCGAUACUCGACGUCGAGCAAUCAUCAUUGUCGUGCCAACCUUUCGUCUAUUCAACUUGACAAUUACGUUUGGGCAAACUUGUGGACGUACGUGAAUAUCGUUCGUUAGAAAAAAAAAUCAAAAUCCUUUAGCAAUCCAGUGCGGUGCAGUGAUUCAAAACGUUCGAAAUCGCGUGAGCUAGUAUAGAUAUAUACAGUGUACGCUCGUACAUUACAUCUACAUAUAUCUAUAUACAUAUGCGAUAGCAGGGAAUAGUAUACGCGAGGCACAUAGCAGUGGCCUCGUCUCGCUUUCCAAAGGCGCUGCACUCGCUCAGUCAGCUCUACGUACUGUGUACGACUCUCGCGCUGCUGGCUGCUGCCACACCGGAAUGAGCAUCUCUUUCUCUCGUUCCUAUACGUACAGAUACGUUUGUUUUUUCCUUUUUUUUUCCGCUCUCAGCCGUGGCAUCUAUUAACGCGCCUCUUAUCGCGCGACAGACCCAGCCACGAGAGACCCUCGAUGAUAAAAACUGCAUCAUCGUAAAUAAAAACUCGCCACGAAGAGAGAAGGGGGCCAGGUGAGCGCCCUCCGCUCGAAAAUAAACGAGGUUCUACAAUACCUACCUACUCUGCUCUAACCCCCCACUCUCGCUCUCGGCCGAGCUGCUGCUCUAUGCUCAGUGUAUAUAGCCACAGCAUUAGCUUCCGAGCAGUGUUGUACACGUCCAUCGAGUUUUUCGACCUAAAGGGAAUUCUUACUAUUUGUUGUGAUGAAAAGUACAUUUUAAAUUAUGAUUAUUAGUGCAAUGUCAAGGUGUCGCAAGCGUUGGAUUUUACUGUUGAAAUUGGACCGAGGUUGGUAGUAAUAAGUAAGUUAUAGCGUUACUAAAAGUGCGUGUAUGUGUGUGUUUAGUGUUGUUAGUGAAUUAUUUUCUCAGUGUUGAUGUGCUGCUUAAAUUGUUGUUACUAAAUGCUGAGUGAUCAAGAUAUCACUUCACGUGAGGUAGCCACAAAAGGAUAAUGGCCCUUCCACUUCAGCAACAAAUUAGCCAGGCGGCUAUGGCCACUGGCAAGGAUCCUGUGAGCAAUGAUAGACUCCGGGAUGCAUUCAUUCAGGAUUUGCAUCGAUUCCAUGAUACAAGAGGGACUUCUUUUAAGAAACUUCCUAAAAUCGAUGGAAAAGAAGUUGAUUUGUAUAAACUGUAUACAUUAGUCACCGCUAGAAAUGGGUGGAUAUCGGUAAACAAUAAAAAUGAAUGGACGCAACUUUGCGAAGAUUUUCAUCUGCCCAGUGGCUGUGUUAAUAGCGGUGUUGGUCUCAAACAAAUUUAUCUUAGGUACCUAGAUAGAUACGAAAAGGUACAUUUCCUUGGUGAAGAUGGUCAUCAAGCAGACGAUGAUGAUGACGAUUCAAGACAUCGGAAAUGGAAUGCUCGAUCACUUCAUUCCGUACCAUUGACUUACAAUCACAAUCAACAUAAUAUAGCUGAAUCUCUUCGUGAAUAUAAUGGCUUGUCGUCGAAUCUCUACAAACCAACAUCCUACGAUAAACUGGCACUUUCGUUGCUUUCGCCUUUGCCGAACGAGCAAGACUUUGCUAUUAAUGUAUGCAACCUAUUAUCGAGCGAGGGCAAACACUUACUUAGGCUCGAUCGCUAUCCACGAAUUAUCAAUCACCUAUUGGCUCAUGCGGGUGUCUACGAUUCGCCAGGCACGAGACAAUUAUUCGUGGAAAGCUACUCGAAAGUCCGAAACUACUCAAUCAACUCGUUUUGGCACGAUGUUGUAGAGGAUGGUAAUCUACUUCAGCUAACCGACGAAAGAAUUUACAUGAAGAAAAGUGAAAAAGAUUCCGGGAAGAAAGUUUUUGGUUGGAGGAAAUUCAACGAUCCUAUAUCGACCAGUAUCGAAAGCACCGAGCAAGGUUCGAUCGAUCUUGACGAUGCUUCUAUGGACAUAGAAAGGGAUCUUAAUAACGACAUUGAAAUAAUUUCUGAGCAUCUUGCGCCUCACUUACAAACCGAUGUUGUAGCGGCACUCAGAGAACGCGCUGCUAGCACCAUCAAAUUUGAUGACGAUGAUCGGGAAUUGUUUUGUGUUGGUCGAACACUUGGCACUCAAGACCUUUAUGGUCAAAGAGUUCUGCAAAUAGCUACUAUACUUCGUAAUCUCAGUUUUACCACGGAAAAUGCUCCUGUUCUGGCCAAAAAUAUAUCUUUGCUACGUUUCGUCAUGCUGUGUGUCAGAGCAAGUUGGAAUUGUCUUCAUCAAUUAGGGUUCGAUACAUUUGGAAACAUCGCCAACGAAAUAGUACUGCGAGAAGUUGGCGAGAAUAUGUCGAAAAUGGUACUAGAAAGUAUAACCAAAGGUAUCCACUCUCAGGACAGAUUUAUAGUCAUAAGUUGUUUGGACGUCCUAAACAAAAUCAGUCAACAAGACGCUAACGAAGAAAUGCUCACACUUAGUCUAGAUGAUCAGGUGUACGAGACUAUAUGCAGGUUCUUGGCUUUGAGCGACAUAGCUUUGUUAGUUUAUACUCUCGAAUGCCUCUAUGCUUUGACCUCGCUGGGUGAGCGUCCUUGCACGAGUGUUUCUAGAGUCAGAGGAGCUAUCGAUACGCUCGUAGCGCUUGUUACUGUGGAAGCUCAAAGUUACGGACCUAAAGCAUGUAUACUCAUGAAGGUAGUCGAAACGGUGUCGUCUGUACCAGCAAGCUCGCAACCACAGACACCAUCGACGCCUCAAACUCCUCAGGCUACAAUAGGUCAGCAUGGCCCGUCACCUCAUUCACAACAAGUGGUUACGGUGCCCGUACAACACAGUACCGUGCCAGCGGCUCCGACGGCUAUAAGUGUGAGUUCUAACAGUAGCCCUUCACCUACGCCUCACCAAACGAUAUCAGUUUCGUCGUUGAUUGCUUCUCAGCAGCAACACAUGGCUGUUAAGACAGUGCCUCAGCAACAGGUUACGAAUACAGCAACUGUUACUCAACCGUCAACGCAACAAGUGCACCAAGUACAAACGACGACGCCGAUUAAAAAUAGUAACACUGCCAAUAAUUCUAGACCCUCCACGCCCAAAAAUACGGCUGCAGCAAAAGCAGCAGCUUCUGCUCAACAGCAACAAUAUUCCCAUCGGCAAGUUAUUGAAGAAAAUGACCAAUUUGCCGUCAACUUUCUUCGAGCUAAUUAUGAACCCGCUGUGGGAGGAAAAGUUGAACAAGAAGAAGUUUAUAAAAAAUAUUUUAGCUUUUGCACGCAAUCGGGAAGAAGAGGUGUCAUUGCUCCCGCACAUUUUCCAAGAUGUGUAAAAUCGGUAUUUGGUGGAAUAAAUUCUGGAAGCGAAGGUAUCAACAAUUCUAAGUAUUACGAAGGAAUCUCUGUUCGAGCUAAUCCCAAUCCAGUUGUGGUAUGUGCAAGUACUUCUACAAUUAAUAACGCAGUUGGUACAGCUACAACUUCGAACAAUGCUGUAUCGACGUCUACGAUGACAACAACAACGCCAGUUAAGGUUUCUGUAGCUCACCCACAUCUCAGUCAUGCACUACUUGCAAGUGGUACUCAACAACCAGUUGUUUCAUCAACUCAACCACAACAACCACAAACUGUUCAAGUAAUUUUGAAAGAAGACCCAAUCAGAAGUGGUAACGCAACAUCAUCGAGCAUAAUAAAAAGCCUGUUGGCAACUAAGGUAACAGUUGGAAAUGAGUGUGUGCAAUCUUCCAAUACUACAACAACAGCCAGCAUCAGUGCCAACCAGCUACUAACUGCCGGCCAGGUGGCCCAACGACAGCAACAGCAACAGCAAUUGAAACAGAGACAGCAACAGCUUCAGCAAGUCCAAACUAUUGGUACUACACCAUUGAAAAUAAUUAGUGUAAAACCCAAUAAGACAGUGGUUGCAGUAAAAAAAGUUCAGAGAUUAAAUGGAGCUAAAUUAAUGGUGUCAAACAAUGGAGAAAAAAUUGAAGCUAUGGAGGUUGAUAACGGUAAUCAAUCACCUCAAUUGUUUGUUUCUUCGACGGAUUCUAAUCAUAUUAUUCUACGUCAAUCAAGUGCAAACAUUAAUGCGAACAAAAUCCAAAAUACACCAGUCAUAGAAGAUUCUGAUUCGACAAAUAAUUCUCUAGCAUCCUCUAGUGGUAUCGGUGGAAGUCGUGAUUGUUCAGGAGUAGGCACUCAGGAAGAAAAUUCUCUCACUUCAUUUGAAGGUAUACUUCUUAAUGGUGCUCCAAGUAAUUUAGAUAUAGAUGCUCAAGAAGAUGGUUCGUCCAAAGAUUCCAAUUGUGCAGGGUUUAAAGAUAAAUCUGCUCAAAGUGUAAUGCUUGCUGAUUUGUUGGAAAGAAAAUCAGAAAAAGAACUUAUACCCAACGGAACUAUUGGAACUAAAGAUCUCGUAGAGAAUCAUAUAAAGAAGGUACGGGCCCUUAGAGAAUCCGAUGUUAAAAUUAAAAGAGAAGUCAUUGAGGAUAAUGCUGAAUCUGCUCCUCGUUUGGUUAUGAAACGUGCAUUGUCAGCAGAUUGUUCGGAACCUAAGGGUUUGAAUAAUUGUAAAAAAUCAAAGUAUGCUAAUGGUACAUCAUCUCCUGAAAGUACUAUUAAAGCUGAAGAUGCCGAAGAAGAAAAGGUAACUGUAUCAUCUACUGCGGCCAAUUUAUAUGCUGCACUUGCUGCUGAUAUAAUUGAAGACGAGGCAGAUUUAAUAGAAGAGCCUACCGCUAAACCAGAAAUUAAACCAGAAAUCAAAACUGAAAUUAAACAGGAAAUUAAAGAAGAACCGCCUAAAAGUGUUGCAAAAGUUACCUCAGCAGUUGGUUCAGUUAAUGUAAUUCAAGCUGCAGCAUCUGAACAAUCUCAGCAGUUACAGCAACAAGUUCAAGUUCAUACUGCAGCACAAAAAAUCGGUAUAACUCGUGAACAACUUCAACAGCAGCUUCAACAACAGGGUUUAAUCGUCCCUCGACAAAUUGUUGUUCAACAAAAUAUAGGCACAGGUAACAAUCAAAUUGUAGCAGUUCCUGCCAGUGCACUUGCAAAUGUCCGUACACAAAAUUCUCAAUCGCAACAGCAGCAAGUACUUCAAGUACCACAAAGUGCUGUGGGUCAGACGCAUUACGUGAUAUCUGGUGGUGGUGGUCAAAAUUAUGUUUUAGCACAGCCCCAGACAGCAUUGUUACAAGGACAGCCUCAAACUGUAUUGGUAGCUCAGCAACAAGGUACAAAUACUAAAACUAUCAUUAUUUUACAACCGCAAACAUCGUCACCGGCGCAGGCCCAAAAAAUGGUUGCUGUGACGCCACAGGGUCAGCAAAUUGUUGUUACUCAGGUACCUCGAGCAGCUAUACAAGGCUCGACUGUGGCUAAUAUACAAUCGCCGUUAGUUUCAUCUGCUGGAACUAUUGUCGUUAACAGCCCAAACGUAGUUCAGCAAGUUACUCAAAUGGUCCAGCAACAAGUUAAGACUAAUUCAUUACCGGUACAAAUGACAACGCAACAACCUUCCAGUCCCAUGCCCGUGCGUGUUGUUACUCCUACACCUGCUCCGAUACCGACACCACCAACGUCGAGACCUACUACACCUUUACAACAGCAAACAACUGUUGUCAAUGCCACGAAAAUUCAACAAAUUCCAAAAGAAAUAAAAAAAGAAGAAACCGAAAAAACACCUAGUAAAUCGGAAAAAAGUGUUCCACAGAAUAAUUUAUCUUCGACGACUUCUUCAACGACGACGACAACGGCGACAGCAGCGACAGCAGCGACGGUGACGACAACGACGACGACGACGACGACAACGACGACGAACGCGAAUUCAACUAGCAACAAUAAUGCAAGAGGUCAAACUCCUACUCCACCUAGCAAUACACCAAAAACCAUCACUAUUAAAAUUGAUCCUAACAAAUUUCUUUGUGAAUGGAGAGGCUGCUUGAAGCAAUUCAAGACACCUAAACAAGUUUAUAUGCACGUGUGUGAAGCUCACUGUCCCAGUGGUAACGAUGAAACUAUCUGUCAGUGGGCUAGUUGCGAUGCUUUAAAACGCCGAAGAUUUUCUCUAAUGACACAUUUGUACGAUCGACACUGUUGCGACGAGAUAAUGCUUGCUAGAAGAAAGCAAUUAACAUUGUCAGGUAAGACGGAAGUUUCGACGACUACGGCACCGCUAACGCCGCCUGUCAAUUCUGGUUACGCACCAAACGCUGCUAUACAUGCCAUCAAAAGGCAUGCGUUGGAAUUCGUAAAUCCUAAGGAAUUAUUGCAAAGGCCGUCGAAGCCAGCUGCAGCCACUACUAGCUCCUCUUCCCCCAGACCCGGACAAAAUCCUUCGCCGGAACAGGAUGACAAUGAAGGACCCGUCACAAAAAGUAUUCGUUUAACAGCAGCCCUUAUUCUGCGAAACCUAGUCAUAUAUUCUGCACACGGUAGAAGACAUCUAAGAGCAUACGAACCUCAUUUAGCUGGCGUAGCACUUAGCAAAGUGGAAUCUUCUAGAACUAUUGCCCAAGUUUUAUACGAUUUGAAUGAUCAGAGCAGCAGUGGUCACAGGUGACCACAGUAAAAAAUUCAGACUCAAUAAAAUUUAAAAAAGCUUGAACAGUUAUUAAUUAUAACAAUGUAACGAAGAUAAAUGAGAGCUAAAGAUACACUUUCUUUAAGAUAUUAGAAAUUUACACAAUUUAAAAUGACAAUUGAAUACAUCAAGAAUAUAUUUAAAUUCAAUGUAUUUGUGAUUAAAAUCUGAAUGUCCAAAGGCUCCAUAAGUUUGAAUAUGUAAAAUUUUUAAGGAAAUCCAAAACGCACUGAAAAGUAAAGGCCUAUGAACUUAUAAUUGGCAAAUUGAUUUGCCAAUAACAUAACACGAAAGAACUCAUAAAAAUCAAUAAAUAGAGAAGACGAAAUGCAUGUCUUUAUGUUAAAGGGAUGUUGUUUAGUAUAGACAGAAAUUCGCCUGGUGAUUGUACUCGGACACUUUUAGUAGAAAACGAAAGAUGAAAUAACCAAGAUACCUCUUAUUUAUUUUCUCAGUGAAAUGCAACAGAUAAAGAUUACAUGUGUAUAAAAUGGAUAAAGACAAAUAUUAAAAAAAACAUAGUGGAUAAUUGAAGAUAUUUCGCUAUGAAGUGUUGUAGAUAAGUAAUUACAAUUAAUGUUACUUCAUUUGUACGAAUUGCGUUUUUUUGUAAUUCAUUCGUUUAAUUCUUUUUUCAUUUGCGGUCACAGGAAAAAGAAUUAAAUAUAUGAUCUUUUUUUAUUCUAUGUUUUUUUAGAAAGUGUAGAAUUUGGCUUGAAAAAUUGCAUUCUACAAUCUUACAUGUAAGAUGCUUCUCUUUUUUGUUUUAUUAUUUUAUAUUAUGAAUAAGUGCGAUUCAACAUGAAAUCCGUAAGAAGAGAAGUAAUUCAUUUUCUAUAUCCAUCUUCCAUGUUAUUUAGAUAGUAAUUGAGCUCUAGCUUGAACGUAUUCCUAACGGAUAUGUAAAUAUCUUUACAUUUUUGAUUUAUUUUGCAACGUCAUAAGAUGAUGUGUUUAAUGUAUUUAAUCAGCUACAAAUUUUGACAAGUACAUUCGAGAAUAAUCAGAUAAUAUAGGUUUAAUUAGGACUUUUCGAUCAUUUUUUCUAGAGUUUACACGAAAAUGACACAUUGCAUUUAUGUAAUUAUCAGUUUUAUUUUUUUAGUUCUUGAUAGAGUAUUGCGAAUUGAAUCGUGUGAAUUGCGUGAAAUAAAGCAUGUAAUAAAUAACCUUGUAAAAAGAAAUAUAUUUAAAGACUUCAUUAUUAUAGGGAAUAAACUAACAUUUAACAUUUUGCAAAAAAGAUUUACAAACUUGUAAAUACUAUCAAUGUUAGUUACUAAAAACAUUACAAAUGUGUACAUUUUUCUCAGAAGUCAACGCAGUAAAUUAUAGCUUAUUUAUAAAAUUGUGAAAAAACAAAUGGUAACUGAUAACUAUAAUUACUUUGUAUUGUACAAAAAUAAAAUGUCAUUCUACUUAAGUAGUUAAUGAAAAUUUAAAUGUUUUUAAAAAAACAAUUGUAAAAAUAUAAAUUAAGACUUACUCAAUUGAAGAGCGAAGAUCAACCACGAAUUUUUCGCGGAUCUCAAUCAUGUAUUUUAUAUGCAAAAAUGAAAGUGUAGAAUAUAAAAAAAAAAUUUCGGGAUACCUUAAUUUUUUUUAGUAAUUCUUUGAAAUUGUUUCAUAGUUCUUCUUGAUUGCAUGAAUUAAAUUUCAUGGAUUCACUAACAUGAAAAAGCCUCUGCCGGUGAUUGACUUCAUCCGACGAUAUCAAAGUUACUUUUUAUUUCUGUAAUGUUACAAAUAAAAAACUGUGCUUUGAAAAAAAGACAUGGCAAAAUGAUUAAUUGUAUUCACUUUAUAUUAAAUAAAGACAUUAAUGUAUUUCUCUAA